AUGGCGUCAUUCCUGAAUACUCGACGUGGUGGGAAAACCGGGGGGCUCAACUCUUCCAACCGAGGCAAUUUGCAGUCAUCGAAAUGGGCAUCACAAAAAUCUAACUCUUCUUCUAAUACUACAGGAUUUGGAACCCCCGCGGCGGGUGGCUUCGGCCAAAAUAAAGGAUUUGGAGCAACACCUGCGACAACUAGUGGCGGCGGCGGCGGCGGCGGCGGCUUGUUUGGGUCAAAUACGGCAACAUCAGGCUUUGGAACUGGGGCUGGAAGUGGAGGUGGAUUUGGUACAGGAACUACAGGAGGUACGGGUUUCGGUUCGUCAAGCACUGCUACUGGAUUGUUUGGCUCUAAACCCGCAACCACAGGUUUUGGCGGGAAUACUGCUGGUGGAGGCAUGUUCGGUGGCAGCACCACUGGGAAUACUGGCGGUGGAUUCGGAGCCACCCAAACUACGAGCGGCGGAUUUGGUGGAGCAGCAGCUGGAAGCAGCAAUCUCCAACCACCGGCCCAGGGUACCGCGACCACGCCCUUCUCUCCGUUUACUGAAAAAGAUGCUGCUAGUAGCAUGACCAAUCAUUUUCAGACGAUUUCCUUCAUAGAUCCGUACAAAAAUUGGAGUUUAGAAGAACUUCGACUCCAAGAUUACAUGCAGAACCGAACAAAGGCAGCUGGACCAUCUGGAUUCGGGUCUGGGGGAACCGGUUUCGGAGCUUUUGGGCAGCAGCAGCAGCAGCAACCGGCUGCUGGAGGAUUCGGGCAACCUCAAACGACAACCGCAACUGGUGGUGGACUUUUCGGAACUGCUCCGAACGCUACCAAUACGGGAUUCGGUGCAGGGGCGGCAGGCGGUUUCGGCUCCUCUGGUGCUGCCGCGGGCGGCCUCUUCGGACAACCCAAACCUGCAGGCGCUGGUAUUUUUGGAGGCAGCACUGCUAACACUGCUACGGGUGCUACAGCUGGUGGAUUGUUUGGCGCGCAAAAUAACACUACGGGGACUGGUUUUGGAAACGCUGGUACUGCGGGUGGGUUUGGACAAGCAGCUCCUAGUACAGGAGCUGGGAUGUUCGGUGCCCAAAAUCAGCCGAAACCGACCGGCUUUGGAACAGGUUUCGGUACAACAGGUGCGGGGGGGUUUGGACAGCCUGCUGCUGGAAAUACUCUUUUUGGACAGCAACAACAGCCAGCUGCAUCCACAGCGACAGGAACCGGUGGUCUAUUUGGAACUACUCAACAGAGUGCCGGUGGCUUCGGACAACAAGCUACGGGAGCCUUUGGUAGCGGGGGAUUUGGAGCUCAGAGUACGCAGCAGCAGCAGCAGCAACCUACUUCUACUGGGUUUGGAGCCUUCGGCCAGGCUGCUGCCCAAACUCCUGCUAAGCCAGCGUUCGGAGGCUUUGGUGGCGCCUCAACGACACCUGCGCCAGCAGCUGCUGGUGGUGGGUUAUUCGGACAAGCCCAACAGACACAACAACCCGCGGCUGCUGGUGGACUAUUUGGCAAUAAUAAGCCAUUUGGUGCAACCGCCACACCCGCAGCUGCUGGGCUCUUCGGUCAACAGCAACAGCAGCAACCUGCACAAGCCGGAGGAUUAUUCGGGCAACAACCAGCUGCGACUGGAGCGUCUGGAGGUCUAUUUGGUCAACCACAACAGGCUGCUCAGGCUGGUGGCCUCUUUGGAAACCAGCCGAAACCCGGUGGCUUAUUUGGACAACAACAGCAACCUUCAGCAGCUGGUGGGAUGUUCGGAUCUGCUGGGUUAGCUACUCAACCUCAAGCCUCCUCACUCUUUGGGCAGCCAGCACAGACCGCAGGAGCUGGUUUUGGUCAGUCGUCUGCUGGCGGCCUUUUUGGUAACACUGCCCAAGCUACCCAACAAGGAUUUGGCGCAAGUCUCUUCCAAUCCCAACAACUACAGCAGCAGCAGCAACAAAUGCCACAAACACUCACUGCCUCAAUCAUGGACCAAAGGCCCUAUGGAAAUGUUUCUCUACUCGAUGCCUCAUUAGCUGCGAGCACAGCCCCUGGUCUCCUCGCAACACCUGUUUCUGGGGCAAAAAAAAAGGCAGCUAUGAUUCCUCAUAGCAAGAUCGCCCCUCGACAGCCUGCUUUGACCCCUAGAGUCGCGUCUCCGUUCUCUAGAUCAUCCCUUGGUACCUCUUCUCCAAUGACAGGUGGGAGCCUUGGCAGAACUUUUAGUGGUGGUUCCAGCAGAAUCGGGCUCGGCGGGUCUGUCUUUGACUCGGCGGGUACUAGUGAUGACUCGAUCCUUAACACUUCUGCGUUUACGCCUGGUGGAAAUCGCUCCACUAGUCUCAAGCGACUUGUUAUUGAUAGAAAUCUCAGAGAUUCGGAUUUGUUUAUCAAGGAGGGAGAAGUGAAGGCUAUCAAAGCUACUCCAGACAACACUGCAACCCCUGAUAAUACCGUUAAGAAAACCGUUAGCUUCGAUGCUAGCCCUCGCUCCCAAACUGGGAGCCCGGCUAGCGGUGCCGACUUGGGCUAUAUGAGGACGCCUACUCGACACUCUAGUGCGCCAGUUGCAUCCCCUGUUCCUGAAAAUGCGUUAGUCCGUGUGCCGUCCCCGGAGCCGGAAGUGGAAGCUGCAGAAGUAGAGGUAGAACAAGAGGCCGGGCCUUCGGCAGUCCGGGCAAGUGGCGAUAAGACCGGAGAUUAUUGGUCUAUCCCCUCGGUUGAUAAGCUCAAAUCUAUGCCCCGAGAAAAACUGUCCGCAGUCCCAGACCUUCUUGUCGGAAGAACCAACUUUGGCCAAAUUAGAUUUGACCAGCCAGUCGACCUUACUGCAUUCGCCGAUGCUCUAGAGGCUAUUCUUGGCGGAGUGAUCACAUUUGCAGACCGUGUCUGCACCGUCUAUCCUCCUGGCUGGGACAAGCCUCUCCCUGGGAAUGGAUUGAAUGUCCCAGCUACGAUCACACUAGAAGAAUGUUUCCCUACUGACCGCGAGCACAAACAACCGAUCAGAGAUCCAGACCACCCACGCUACCAGUUCCAUCUUCGCCGACUCAAGAAUAUAAGAGAUACUGAGUUCGUCGACUAUCUUGUUCAAGAUGGAAUCUGGAUCUUUAAAGUCCAGCACUUCACAACAUACGGUCUGCAAGAAGAGGACGAUGAGACGGAUGCAUACAUGAGUGAAUCAGUUUAUGCCGACGCUACCCCUACUAAACGUUUUGAUUCGAGUGUCCUAGAAGAAUCUAGCUUUGCAUCUCCAUCCGACAUCACCUUCGAAGACGAUAGUAUUGCUGACGAUACUUUCGACUUCAAACGCUCCAGGAAAGCACCUUCUAUGCGUUUUAUUGAUGAAACGCUAACCUCCGACAUUGUGGAUCCAGCGGAUGCUUCAGGGGAGUCUGUCGAGGGCUCUGACCUUUCUGAGGAAGAAGGAGAAACCACACAGAUUCUCCCCCACGAGGACGUCUCUAUCGUUGAUGAAGAUGACGACACCCAGCUUGCCCCUGUCGCCGAGGACUACCGUGAAGCUACCCCAGAAGUCAAGUUGGGUGUUGGCCGUGACUGGACAGACCAACUUAGUCGAACUAUCAGCCCAGUUAAAACCAGAGCCCCCCUCGGCUUCAGAGGCCCGAUCACCUCGGCAAGAAACCCAUUUGGCGAUGUUAGCAAUGUCGACUUCUCAGAAAGCUUAUUUGCUUCCAGGAAUCGCGAUUUUGAGUCACCGUAUCGUCCGUCCGUCCGAGUAUUCUCAUCCCCUGUUGUGAACAGAAAUAAGAAAUCCAGCAGUACAUCUCAAUACAAACGCCCUGAGGCUUUUAACAAAAAUAAUCAACAGCCAGAUGAUCGUGAAUGGCGACAAUGUAUCCGCCCGUCUUGGGGACCAACUAGUGAGCUUAUCUAUGCUGGCUCUAUAGAAGGUGGCCACUCUAAAGCCUUCGGCGAAAUCAAAUCUUCAAAGACUCACAAAGUCAAAUUACAGUACUCCGCGGGAGCCUCUACUGCAGCUAUCGACUUGCUUGAAUUCCAACUCGCAGCCUCCGAGAUUCUCCAAGAUCGCUCGAACAUUCCUUUCGCCAAACUCGAUGUAACUACGGGGUUCAACCAAUUCACAAAGGCCAAAUUUGGGGCCUCGCCACAGCAACAACACGAAAAGGCUGUUUGGCAACUUGCAUCCAUUCUUUUCGAUGCCCUCGAAGAUGGAUAUCCCCCAGAAGCAGCAGAGUUCCAUGUCCGGAUCCACCUUCGAACGAAGAAGAGAAAACUCAUGUUGUCACGUUUCUUCGAGGAACUUGUUGCUAGAGAUGUUGCAAAUGACGAAAAGGCUGCUUCAAGUCCUGAAUCUAGUGCUUUCGCUCUCUUGAGUGGACAUAAAGUUGACGAAGCUGUGGAUCACCUCAUUCUUGGGAAUGACUUCCGUCUAGCGACUUUGUUGCCACUUAUUGGUGGCGAUAGGCAAGCAAGGGAUGAUGUGAAGAAGCAACUUGAAUCCUGGCGAGGAUCUGGUGUUCUCGCGGAAAUUCCAGUUGCCAUCCGCGCACUUUACGAACUUGUUGCUGGAAACGUAGGGUUUUCCGAGGGUGUUAAUUCCUCCAUGGAAGACGCUACUCCAUCAUUCUGGAUCGGAGAAAUGUUCGGCCUUGAUUGGAGACGCACUUUUGCUAUGAGACUGUGGUACGAAAUAUUUGAGGAUCAGGCGCUAGAGCAUGCCGUUUCCGGGUACCACAAGGCAUUCAAGGCUACCGAUACACAGCACGUUCGACACCCUAAACCGUGGUAUUACCCUGAUAAUAAGGAUACAUACGUAGUAGAGGAUGAAGAGGAGGAACCAAUUUAUGAUACACUUUGGGGACUCCUCAGCAUGUACGCCGACGAGAAUUAUCCGCUGGAAAGGGUUCUUUCUCCACGUAGCUACAGUCCAAAUCCAUGCGACUUCAGACUCGCCUGGCAAUUAAGGAUGAUGCUUGCUGAGAAGCAGGUUAGGGAUUUUACAGAAGACACCAUGAUGCUUGUUGAUGAUGAAGAGACAAGGACGAGCUCUGUGGCCGCAGAGAAACUGACAUUAGACUUCGCGAGCCAACUAGAGUCCGAAGGGCAGUGGCAUUGGGCAGUUUUUGUGCUAAUGCAUCUCUCCACUCCUGAAAGCCGUGCAUUUACAAUCAAGGAAAUGCUCGCUAAACACGUUGGCGACCUCACAUCUAACAGCGAGAAGCAAGAUUUUAUUCUCCACAAACUACUAAUCCCCUCGGCCUGGGUUUACGAAGCCAAAGCCUUACAAGCACGGUUCCAGCAAGACCAUUUCGAAGAAGUCGAAUGCCUCCUCAGCGCCUCCGCAUGGACCGAAGCUCACAAGACACUCCUCAACCACGCCGCACCACUUUGCAUCGUCAAUGAAGAUCUCGAAAAACUCUACAAUGUGAUCUCCAAAUUCACCGACUCCAGCCUCGUCGAAAACUGGUCUACAGGUGCACAGGUGUAUCUCGAUUUCAUCUUCCUCUCAAGCAUCACGCACCACCAUAAGGGAUUCUCUCCAGCCAUUCCAAAGGUUAGAGGGAUCCCUAAGCACAACUCUAAGAGAGAUGUGGCCAAGCGACUGAUGGAGGGCUUGCCAAGGGUGGAUAUCAGAGAAUUCUUACCGGGUGUAGCGGUUAGGGAGAUGAGUCGUAUGCUUGCGGAUUAUGUGCUCAAAAGCCACGAUUUGGGGAUCGAGGGUGGUAGAGUGUUGAGCUUACCGUUGACGGAGGACCAGGUGCUGUAUAAGGAAUUGACGAUUAAGGCGAGGGAAGGGAUGGUUAUGGGAUAA